CAGAUUCUCCAGCCAAACAACCAGGCCACACCCAGAGGGCUCUGAGACCUCGAUGCGGGAUGCUCUGCUAGCAGCCAUGGUGGAGGGACGAGGACGUCAGCCCAAGUGCUCAGGACACCCAGUUGUCACUCUCCCGUGCCUGUAGCUGAUAACAGCCAUGUCAACCCAAAAGGACAGAUGGGUUUCUUCCUUCUCUUUCCUGCUCUUUUGUGCAUCCUUCAUCCCAACGUGUGGAAGUGCGAGGGUGCUGCAGGAGCUGAGCCCCCAGCGGUAUUUCAGUGCCUUGCAAGCCGGCAGAGCAUCCCUAGCUUAUUUCAGCCGUAAUGUUUCACCUGGUGCCCAGCCCUUCUUGCAGCAGAUUGAGAACUCAGCCGAGGCUCUCCAGGACUAUGGCAUUUCAGUGGUGAAGGUUAAUUGUCCCAAAGAGGAUGUCUCAAGAUACUGUGGAAAAGAAAAUGCAUUAAGGAAAGCCUACCUGUUCAGAGGUAACAUGCUGAUCAGAGAGUUCCCCACGGAUGCCUUGUUUGACGUGGACUCCAUUGUUGCUAACGUUUUGUUUGCUCUGCUCUUUAAUGAAGUUAAAUACGUUGAAACCCUGGCAGAUCUUCAGAACAUUGAAAAUGCCUUGAAAGGGAAGGCGAACAUGGUCUUUGCCUAUGUACCAGCUACUGGGACAGCAGAGCACAGAGCCGUGAUGGAGGCAGCUUUUGUCUAUGGGACUGUCCACCAGUUUGUUUUGACAACUGAGGCAACGCUGUUGAAAGACAGUAGCACUGAUGAGCCUGAUGUGUCAUCAGCCUCACUGGUGUUCUGCCACUGCCAGCGGGCAACAGACCUGGUGCAGCCCUGCAGGAGGACAGCCAUGGAGCAAGCUCUGACAAUGCUCAACAUCCACAGGCACCUCAAGCUCAUGGGGGCUCCUCUGGUGACAGAGGUUGCUGAGGACCCAGAGAAGGUUUCUACUGUUCACUUACAGCUUGGGCUACCACUUGUGUUCAUUCUCAGCCAAACAGAGACCUACGAGGCUGACAGGAGGACAGCAGAGUUUGUGGCCUGGCAGCUCCUGGGAAAAGCAGGAGUUGCCCUUUUGUCCAGGGACCUUUUAGGUUUGAAUGUUCUGCGCCGGUCAAACAUUGCGCUCAAGACGCCAGAUGAGGGAGUGCCAAUCAAAUACUUGCUCUUGGAAGACACUGAUGAAGUUAUAACCCUGGUGAAAGAGAAGAACAAGGUCAAACAAAUCCAGGAGGAUGAGGGGGAAGAGGAAGAUGAGGAUGAAAAAGAGAAUAAUAAUCAAGACAUUCAGGAUGAUGAGGUGGUGGAAGCAGUUUCCAGGGACAAGAAGCGAGAGCUGCCCCUGGAGCAGAUCCGUGUCCUGACAGAGGAAACCUUCCGCUCUGCUCUCUUGGAGACUGCCCGGACAGUGGUGCUGUUUUAUGCCAGCUGGGAGUCAGUGUCCCUGGCAGUGCUGAGGUCUUACACAGAGGUGGCUGAUCACCUGGAAGGAACUCAGGGGGUUUUGCUUUCUCGGGUAAACUGCUGGGACUGGCCUGGCAUUUGCACAAAAGAGAAUGUCACUCAAUUUCCUACCAUUAAGAUUUACGAGAAGGGAGCGAGAUCAGUGAUAUAUGAUGGCAUGUGGGGAACCAAAGAACUGACCAGUUUCAUCAUGCUGAGCCGAGUUUCCUGCCCUCUGAAGCUUGCGACGAUUGAUGAAGCAGAAGGAUAUUUAAGAGGCGAGUUUCCAUCUGAGCUGUCAUCCUAUCACCACACUUCGCUUCUAGGAGUAUUUAGUUCAGCCAUGAGUGAAGCCAGGGAAGCUUUCGAAGAGGCAGGAAACAUCUUAAGUGGCCAUGUAACGAUGGGGAUGUAUUUUGAAGAUGAUGCUUUGGCUUUAUCCCGUAAAUAUGGAGUGUCUCCCCCAGCCCUCCUCCUUGCCAGGGGUGGAGGUGAGAGCGUGGAAAGCAUCACUUUGUCCAAACAGAGCGCACAGGACAUGGUGCAGGUGAUAAGAUAUGAAUUGCUGGACAUUUUUCCAGAAAUCACCGUGCAAAAUCUGCCCCACUACUUGCAACUCAGAAAGCCCUUCCUCAUUUUGUUCAGUGAUGGUGACAUCGGUCAAAUGGAAAGCAAGGAAAUGCUGAAGCUGGCAAAAGGAAGACCUCAGCAAGCAUUUGUGGCUUGCUGGUUGAACUUGAAAAAGACUCCAGUGGGACGUGGCAUCCUAAAGGCAUACUUUGCCACCAUGCCUUCACUGCCUGUUCUCAUCUGGGUGAACCUUCAUGUUGGGGGUCAGGUAUUCAAGUUCCCAUCAGAGCAGUCCAUUGCUGAAAUGAACAUCUUGUCUUGGCUGGAGAAGCUAAAAGCAGGACUGGAGAUUCCCAGCAGUACCUUGUCUGAGGAAGACUGGAAACCACCUCUUCCUGCUUAUGACUUCCUUCAGAUGAUGGAGACUGCCAUGCCUGAGCUCCCACUCCACGCGUCCCACCACCACAAGGACACACUGAAACAGCACCCGUCUGAAAGCCCAGGAGGGGACACAGUCAUGCAGGAUGAGCCAUCCCAGGAGACCAAGGCAGAGAAAGUGGGGUCCCCUGGGAGGGACCUGCGUGGGACAGCCCCGAGGCUGGCAGCAAGAGAGAAGCAGGGCAAGAGACACAGCGAGCUCUGAGAGCUGGGCGUAACCCUGCCCGGGGCAGUGAAAGAAGAUGUGGGAUGACGCCUAGAAAACCCUCUCACUUUCCCAGCCCUGUAUGAGCCUUUACAUCAAGGAGAGAAGUGCUUUUAGCCGUAAAUUAAUGGUGAAGGGAUAAAACAGCCCCUAAGUCUCAGUGUGAGCUCCCAGCUGCAGUGUGUGCUGGUCACUGUGCAGUGGCUGUGAUUUCUGAUGUCAGGAAUGUGACCAUACACCCCAUGCGCUGGCCCUGCUCAGCCUGCUGUUGGGAUUGCAUUUCACAGCAAGCAGUGAGAGCAGAUCUGCAAGGAAGGUUGCUGUGAGGAAGCUUGGCCAUCCCCAUAGCUGGGGGAGAGAUGGGGUGAGCUAACCACAUGCUAGAGGCUCUUCUGCAUAGCAAACUACACUGGAAAAGUCGAAUCAGCGGGGUCCUGCUCUGCAGUUUCUGUCUCACACAUAGGUGCUUUGGUUGCCCCCAUGCAGGAAGGGUGAGUGAUUCCAGGAUAAAAAACACAUUUCUGUCCUUCCAGUUGCAGCAGCAGCUCUACUCCUGUGUUGGCAAGUCCUGCUCUCAAAUAGCAAUGUGGAGCUGGGAGGGAAAGCAUGCCCACCACUCUCCAGGGCUGCUUAAACUGGCACCCACUUGUGUUUACACCUGACUUGUGAGCCGCAUUUGUGAGCAUGUUCAUCCUCAGGGGUUAGAGAAGUACCUGGUUAAAGGAGUGUUAUUAUGAAGGCCGGGGCUCAGAUCGUCACAACAGCCAUGAAUAGCUGGGACAAAAAUCCGCUAGCAAAUCCCAAGGGCAGGAAGGUUGGAAGAUGGCUUUGCUCAAUGCUGGCAUUUUCUUGGUUACAAGCCCAGGGGGUUAUUUGCAGCCUUGAUUUUAUUUUGCUCCUGGUAACAGCAGCGAGGUUGGUGCCUACUGAGCUACAUGCAGGGAGAGAGGUCUGCAGAAACCCCAACACUUUGGAAACAAGGAGGGAGAUGAAGGGCCGGGCUGGCAGUGCUGGGGGCAGACCCUUCCGAGGUGGGAUGGAGCUGCUUCAUGUCCAUAUCUAGGUACAGAGUGGCUUUCCAGACUCUGCCCAUCUCCUGGGGACAGCAAAAGUUCUGUCAUUCGUUGCUGGAGUACCUGAGCGUGCAGGCCAGCAUGGGAAGUGGGCUGGGGAGACAUGUUUUGGGGGAAGCUUUGUCUGAUCCCACCCAUGGCAUGACAAUCUUCCCACCCCCUUCAAUAAACAUCUGCUCCCUUCCACAGCACUACUGAGAUGUGCCAGGAGGGUCCGAUACUCCUUCUUCUGCUUCUGAAGUUACUGGGGAGGGGGAAAAUUCGUGGUAAGGAACUUCUGAGACUACUGUAACAUCUGUAUUUCUCAUCCUGCA